AUUCUUGAGAUGACUAAUGACCGAGAAGAACAAGCACCCGUGAAGGCUUUUGGCUCUACCUUAUCUCACCCAUAACAUACGAGUAACAUAGCUUCAUCCUAAUCUUCAACCAUGGCAGACACACGAAUCAUCUCAACUACCACAGUCCAAGCAACAAAUCACAACAGCUCAACCCCGAUAAUCCAUUUAACCCCAUGGGAUCUCCUACUACUCAACCUUGAAUCAAUCCAACAAGGUCUCCUUUUCCACAAACCCAAAACAGACCACCAAAUCCACCACCUCAAACACACCCUUUCCACCAUUCUCACCUUCUUCCCACCUUUCACCGGCCGCCUCAUCAUCACAAACCACCACGACAACAACAACAACACCACCGUCACCUGUCACAUCACAUGCAACAACGCCGGCGCACUGUUCGUCCACGCCGCCGCAGAAAAAACCUCCAUCGCCGACAUCAUCCGACCCGGGUACGUUCCUUCCAUUGUCCACUCAUUCUUCCCACUGAACGGAGUUAAAAACUACCAAGGCAUGUCGCAGCCGUUGCUGGCGGUGCAGGUGACGGAGCUUCUCGACGGCGUCUUCAUCGGCUUCACAAUGAACCACUCUGUCGCUGACGGCAAGGCGUUUUGGCAAUUCAUCAAUUCCUGGGGUGAACUCUCUCGUGGUAAUUCAGAUAAACUAAUGAAAACCCCUCCACUUGAACGUUGGUUUCCAAACGGCAUCGACCCUCCAAUACACUUUCCAAGUUUCACAAAGGAAGAGGAGAAGAAGAAGCAAGAUAACAGUGACCCUGUUCCGCAAUUGCCACCUCUUUGCAUCUUCCAUUUCUCAAAAGAGAAACUCGCAGAGCUGAAAGCAAAAGCAAAUGCAGAGGUUGACAAUGGCAUGCACGAAAACAGAGUAAUAUCUUCCUUGCAAGCACUUUUGACUCACAUUUGGCGUUCUGUGAUCCGUGCUCAACGUGUUAACCCAGAAAAGGAGACUGAUUACAUGUUAAUCAUUGAUGCAAGGCAGAGAAUGCAGCCACCGCUGCCGGAGAAUUAUCUCGGAAACGCAGGAAUGGCAGGCAUUGUCAAAUUGAAAGCAGGGGAAUUGUUGUUGGAGGGAAAGAGUGCUUGGGAAAUGAACAAGAUGAUUGCAUUGCACACUGAUGAGAUGAUGAGGAGUAACUAUGAGGGUUGGUUGAAAACUCCGGUUCUGAUAACGCCGGCGGCUAAGGCUGCCGCCGGUGAUACGGUGUCGUUUAUCACCAAUAGUUCACCGAGGUUCGAUUUUUAUGGUAAUGAUUUUGGUUGGGGGAAGCCUGUGGCGGUUCGGAAUGGUGCUGCGAAUAAAUAUAGUGGUAAAAUUACUGCAUUUGGAGGGGUUGAAGAAGGUAGUAUUGAUCUUGAAGUGUGCCUUCGUUUUGAGACUUUGGAGGCCAUGAAAAAUGACCCUGUUUUCAUGGAUGCUGUGUCCAUGUAAUACUAGGGUUUCAAGGACAAGCAAACCAUAGGUUUACUCUGUUUCUAGUUAUAUACACACGUACCAAUUUAGUUUCAGGUGUUAAGUUUGAAUAAUUUUGUUUUGAAACUAAGUUUGAAUAAUUUAAACUCCCAGUAUUGAGAUUC